GUCCCUCACUCUGAUCAAGUUCCUCUGAGUGUCCUGCCAACCCAGGCUCACAGCUCCCUCCAACUACUGCCCAUCAGGUCAGCUGCCAGCCUCAAGCUGAACUCCAACCCCAGCUAUGAGCUCCUGGAGGCGUGACUCCCUCAGGGCCAGCAGCUCAGAGCCCCUCCCAGUGGUCAUCAUUGGCAAUGGUCCCUCUGGUAUCUGCCUGUCCUACCUGCUGUCUGGCCACAUCCCCUACGUGAAGCCAGGCACCAUCCAUCCGCAUCCCCUGCUGCAGAGAAAGCUGGCUGAGGCUCCAGGGGUCUCCAUCCUGGACCAGGAUCUGGAGUACCUUUCUGAAGGCCUUGAAGGCCGAAGCCAGAGCCCUGUGGCCCUGCUCUUUGAUGCCCUCCUGCGCCCCGACACAGAUUUUGGAGGCAGCAUGGACUCCGUACUCACCUGGAAGCGGCAGAAGGAGCGUGCUGUCCCCCACCUUGUCCUGGGGCAGAACCUCCCUGGGGGCGCCUGGCAUUCCAUUGAAGGUUCCAUGGUGACCCUGAGCCAAGGCCAGUGGAUGAGUCUCCCAGACCUACAGGUUAAGGACUGGAUGCGGAAGAAAUGCAGAGGUCUCCGCAACAGCAGAGCUACAGCGGGUGACAUCGCCCACUACUACAGGGACUACGUAACCAAGAAGGAUCUAAGUCACAACUUUGUGUCUGGUGCUGUAGUCACUGCCGUGGAGCAGGCAGAGUCUGAGCAUGGCAGCCCUGAAGCCCAAGCACCCCACCCCCUCUUCCUAGUGAAAGGUUACUUAACUGCUAAGGACAAGAGUCACCAGCCCUUCUCACUGUGGGCCCGUAAUGUUGUCCUGGCCACGGGCACCUUUGACAGCCCAGCCCGGCUAGGCAUCCCAGGGGAGACCCUGCCCUUCGUGCACCAUGAGCUGUCAGCCCUGGAGGCAGCCCUGCGGGCAGGCACUGUGAACCCAAACUCAGACCCGGUGCUGAUUGUGGGCGCUGGGCUGUCUGCAGCCGAUGCUGUCCUCUUUGCUCGCCACUACAACAUCCAGGUGAUCCAUGCCUUCCGUCGGUCUGUCCAUGACCCUGGCCUGGUGUUCAACCAGCUGCCCAAGAUGCUAUACCCUGAAUACCACAAGGUACACCAGAUGAUGCGUGAUCAAUCCAUCUUGUCACCCAGCCCCUAUGAGGGCUACCGAAGCCUCCCUGAGCACCGGCCGCUGUUCUUCAAGGAGGACCACCAGGCAGUGUUCCAGGACCCACAAGGGGGCCAGCAGCUCUUUGGGGUCUCCAUGGUACUGGUCCUCAUUGGAUCCCACCCCAACCUCUCCUACCUCCCCAGGGCAGGUGCUGACUUGGUCAUAGACCCAGAUCAGCCACUGAGCCCCAAGAGGAAUCCCAUUGAUGUGGACCCCUUCACCCAUGAGAGCACUCACCAGGAUGGCCUGUAUGCCCUGGGGCCGCUGGCUGGGGACAACUUUGUGAGGUUCGUCCAGGGUGGGGCCUUGGCUGCUGCCAGCUCCCUGCUGAGGAAGGAGACCAGGAAACCACCUUAACAUCAGGAGAUGCCCUGACACCAGGCCCUGAAGAGGAGGGGCUCAUCAUGGCCCAGUUGGACAUGAGCCCAUCUAAAGACUUCCCAUGUGAGGACCAGUCUCCCCAGCAGGAGAUGAAGACUUGAGCCCCAUGGAUGGACUGUCUGGCCCAGAGGCAUGGGGAACACAGGCUACCCCAUCCUCAGGCUAGUCAAGGCCCAAGAUGAGAGCAGUAUCCAUAGGCUGGAGACACCUGGGCCUGGGCCCCCUUGAAGCUGUCAGUGUGUGCUGGAUGUGGGCCAGCUGAGUGCCCAACUAGGAGGACUCCAGGUGGAACCUUUCAGAAUCAGGUCCAUAAUAAAACCAACAGUGCCUCCACUAUGCCUGAGAAA